AUCUGGUAUGUGGUCGCUGUGUGCUGUGUUUUGAAUAGAUAGCCACCGCUCAGCUGAUUUAAAACGGGAUGGAAGAGGAGGCAGACACCGGUGUUCCCUCGCGGGUCGAGAGGAAGGCUUUGCAAAAGGCAAAAAUACUUCAAAGAGAAACCGAAAGGAAGAUUUUCAGACUGGUGGGAAAAGUCCUGAAGAAACCUGAGAGUGAGCGGUCCGAGGAGGAGGCUGCUGUGUUACUGCUACACAGAGGAACUGUAGAGGAGCUCUGCAAGAGACAAGUCCGCAGAAAUGUGCUGAAGAGGAAGCAGGAGGAGGUGUUUGAUGAGGCUGAUGAGCUGAGGAGUAAAGUGAGACAGCUCGCUGCGGCAGUGAAGCAAGCAAAGCACCUGGUGGUAUACACUGGAGCCGGCAUCAGUACGGCAGCUUCUAUCCCAGACUACAGGGGGCCUAAUGGAGUGUGGACACUGCUGCAGAAAGGACGGUCAAUCAGUUCGUCUGACCUGAGUAAAGCUGAGCCGACCCUCACACACAUGUGCGUUAGGACGCUACAUAAGGAAAAGCUGUUACAGCAUGUUGUUUCUCAAAACUGUGACGGGCUUCACUUGCGUAGCGGGCUACCCAGACAUGCCCUGUCUGAGCUUCAUGGAAACAUGUUUAUUGAGGUGUGUACAUCCUGUAGCCCGGUCAAGGAGUACGUGCGUUUAUUUGACGUGACGGAGCGAACAUCGCUGCACCACCACAUGACAGGCCGCAGGUGCAGCCACUGUGGAAGUGAACUCAGGGACACCAUAGUGCAUUUUGGGGAGCGAGGAACCCUGGAGCAGCCUCUCAACUGGAAGGGAGCGGCAGAGGCUGCAGAGACGGCCAAUGUUAUCCUCUGCUUAGGCACCAGUCUGAAGGUGCUGAAGAAAUACGCUUGUCUGUGGUGCAUGAACAAACCAGCAAGCAAAAGGCCAAAACUAUACAUUGUCAACCUCCAGUGGACACCAAAAGAUGAUCUGGCUGCACUGAAAAUUAAUGGCAAGUGUGAUGAUGUCAUGAGGCUCCUGAUGGAGGAACUGAACAUCCAGGUGCCAGGGUACGACAGGGCGAAGGACCCCGUCUUCAGUCUAGCUGUACCUCUGCGGCAGGAGGAGGUGGACAGCCAUACUCGUGAGGUCAUCGCUCAUCUUGAUGUGCAGGAGGACUGCGUACCUGACUCUGGAGAGCAGGCAGAAGAAGCCACAGCUGUGCAGGGCGGCUGGUUCGGUCGAGGCUAUGGCAAGGGAAGGAAGAAAAAGAAGAAAAAAGCUGCAUGAUCAAGCAGACUACGAUGUAGUGAAGUUUGCAGCUACUACUGCACCCGGUGGAAGAUGUAGAAAUUGCCUAUGUUUACAUUUUUAUGCAGACACUUUAACAAAAAUGUUAGCUUUUUGUUAAAUGUAUACCUUUUGAUUACCUGUUAGUUUGUAUCAUGUCAAGUUUUUGUUAACUUGAGUCAUUGUAAACAUCCAAAUAUUUAUCAUUAUCUUUUAAUUUGUCUCAGGGAGAUCCAGUAGUAAUUAUGUCAUCCUGUACAGUUUAGUGUCAGAGGUUAUUAAAGACUGGCCUUAACACAAUUGAUAAUGAUUAAUUAAUUGAUAUCUACACUUGGUCUUUAGAUCUGAAUUGGCAGUACUGUAGCUUAACCUUGACCUUUAUUAUCUUAUUUGUGCAAGUUGAUGAUUUUGACUGUGUGUUUUUUGUAUUAACUUUUGUUUAACUUAUUUAAUAAAACAUUUUCUGUUUAUCCCUUAAAUGGAAAACACUAA